AUGCAGAUUAUAAACUAUUUCUUCUUGCUUCUCUCCUGUGUGUCCUAUGGGUCGUCGAUACUUAUUAGCCCUUGUGCGGUAUGGAAUACAAAUGGAAUCACUGUAGCUGGCACUGGCCGACAGGGAAGUUCUGCUAGACAACUGUCGUAUCCUCAAGGGAUCUUUGUUCAUGAUAAAAGUAAACUUUUAUACGUGUCCGAUUCGUUCAAUGGGCGUAUUCAAGUAUUUCCUCUCGACCGAUCGACAACCAAUGGUGUCACCCUGAUAUCAAAGUUACAACAAAACUUUAAAAUCUAUCUCGAUAAUGACGACGAUUCUUUUCCAACUGUUUACAUUGCAGUCAACGGCGGUAAUCGUGUGGAAAAAUGGACGAAGGGUGCGAUGGACGGUGUGAUAAUAGGUGAUACAUGCAAAGGCUGUACGGGAGUUUGGUUAGACGCAGAGAAAAAUGUUUAUAUGACAGAACAUGAUCGAAAUCGUGUACUGAAAUGGAAUCGUCUGACGAACGAAACCUUGAUAGUUGCCGGAGAAACGGAUCAAAAAGGUCCAAGAGCUGAUCAUUUGAGUGAACCACAAGGAAUUUAUGUUGAUAAGACGACUCAGGCAUUAUACAUAGCAGAUCUCACGAAUCAUCGUAUUCAGAAAUGGCCGAAAGGUGCCAAAGAAGGGGUAACUGUCGCUGGUUCGAGUGAAGGAGAUCCGGGAUCAGAUGCGAAAUCGUUGGACAGACCUUAUGGUUUACGUUUUGAUGAAGUAACCAAAACUCUUUAUAUCGUCGAUUUAUUAAACAAUCGAAUUCAACGUUGGAAACACGGAGCUACCGAGGGUGAAACUCUUGUUGGUGGCAAUGGCCAAGGCGGUGCAGACAAUCAGUUUUACCAUCCAACUGAUUUAGAUUUCGACAGCGAAGGAAAUCUUUAUGUAUCCGACGCUUGGAAUCAUCGUGUGCAGUUCUUUGCUUUGAUUAAUAAUUCACCUUGCAGCACUCCGCUCCCAACAACAACUUUCGUGAGUUCAUCAAUACGUCAAUUACCAAUCGACUUAUUCUUGGCACUACUUCUUAUUAUCGUAGCGAUGAACUUGUUUUGA